AUGACUGAUGUGAUUGCAAGGCGUCGAAUUUUUAGCGAGGCCAGGAGGAAGCUCAACAACAUUUCCAUUGCCAUAGCAGAGGCAACCUCGCUGGCAGAGGAGCGUGCGAAACAAAAGGGCGACAUAUCAGCCGUGGAAGUCAAGGCCGUGAGGUCUUGGGAGCUGCUUCGACAAGUUUCGCAUGCAAUCGUUACCUGUUCUCGGGAGACGCUGUUUGCACGGCGAGCCGUGAAAGCCUUGACGGAAAACUUUGAAGAACGAGGUUCACUUGAAAUUUCCGUCGAAGCGCGCCAGUACGAAGUCCAGAAGUUGCAAACCGUCUGCGAGGCACUUACGAGUGUGCCCGAUCCUGUUGGUGAUGACGAGGAGACCAGGACACGAAGCAAGCGCAGACAACAAUUGUUGUCCGAAGUUCGCGAAGUAGCACAACGGCUCGAUGCCGAAUCACUCGGCAACAGCAUCAACGAAGUGGAGCGAAUGAAAGAAAGGCUGCAAGAGCUACAUUCAGAGUUCCAGCAUCUGGAGGACGAAGGUGUGGCCAUGGAGGUCAUGGGGGAAGCAUUGAACAGUGUCAGGUCGGUUCUUGACAUCGCAGAAGCUGAGCGCCUAGCGAUGCCUGCUGAGAAAUUUCGGCUGCAGGAGAAGAAGGGAGAUAUGUGGAGAGAGGUGCUGGACCUGCUGCCGACAUUGCAAGAGUCGGAGAGAGGAGAUGCCGGUGAUGAAUUCGCGGAGGCUGCAAAGCAUCCAGCUGGCACAGAGUUCACUGAGGCUGUGGCUCCAUGGUCUGCUUCGACGGUCUGCCCCUCUACAAAGACCUCCACUCCGCGAACUCCGCUGGUGUCUCUCCGUGGUGCACUUGCAUUCCCAGAAGCGGCGACCGAAGCUCUUGUUAGUGAGUUUCCUUUCGAAGAUUGGCAUCCUGUGCCUCUGCCGCCGGUGCCAUCACCGGAAGCAAUGGAGGAUGGCAAUGAGCCCCGUGUGUUCCUGCAGACUGUCAUGGCCAAAAAGCUCCACGCCAAGAUAGGGAAGAAGUCCGCCAAUCGCAGGUGCAUCUCCUCGAUUCGCAUGCGGCAAGCUGGAGGUGGUUCCGUGGAGGCAGUAGUCUCCUGGAGGAUGCGGCAUGGCUUUCGCCCUGACCGUGCAUUGCCGCGACUGCCAGACUUCCAGUCAAAGCUGGGGCACAUCGAGCACGGAAAGAAAUCCUGCAUUUGUGUGGACUGUUUGAUGGCCGCGGGCCAAGCAGCGACGGAUCCACUGGUCCACUCCAUAAGUUCCUCGCUGUCAGCCGAAUUGCGCGCAUCGGGGGUGCGGGGUAAAUAUGCAGCCCAGCGUCAUCGCUUUCAACGGAGCGUGCAGGCUGAAAGAGGAGACUUCCUCCGCCUGUGA